AUGACUACUACCACAAUUUGUUGCAAGCCUCUCAGUCCGCUCAAUGUGUCAAACAUUGACUUCGGAGUUGAGUUGACGGGCAUUGACGUCGAGGCCAUGAAUGACGAUGAUUUCAAGAUUCUCCGUCAAGCAUUAUACGAGAACCAAGUCGUUGUUAUCAAGAACCAAGGCAACUUGACUCCUCGAGGACAGUACGAACUCACCCGCCGUUUCGAUCCCGCCGCAGGAGUCUAUAGCCAUGGCAAAUCCAUUGACAAGCGGAGUGUUCUGCACGCCGAUCUCACAACCAUUCCUCAUCAGCCACAAGUACAGGUUAUUGGCCACGGUUUUGUCAAGGAAUAUGAAGGAUUAUCCAACAUCCAGCUCCGACACCCUCACCACAAGGCCUUUCACAAAACACCCAUCUCCGCCGAAGAGAACGAAGACUUCACGCAUUUCUAUCGCUGGCACAUCGACUCUGCAAUGUAUAACCUGGAUCCACCACUGGUCACAUCCUUGCUAGCAGUUCAAGUGCCCAAAGGACGACGACAGACCUGCCGCUACGAUGACGGCACCGAUGCAACCCUCGACGUUCCGCUUGGAACAACCGCAUUCUUCAGCGGAUACCGUCUGUACGAGCUCCUAUCCGAGGAAGAGAAACAUUUCGUGCGCACCAGCAAGGCCGAGUACGCACCGCACCCAUACAUCUGGAUGAGCAAGGCAAAGUCUCGCUCGAAUGGGCUCGGUAUUGUAUCAGAGGGAUUGGAACUUGCCGAGGAAGACUUGCCUCCAUUUGAGGCCGAAAAGGUCAAAACCUACCCAAUGGCAUGGAAGAAUCCCGUGACGGGAAAGCUGGCCAUGAUGGUUUAUCCUACUUGCGUCAGGAAGAUACAUCUUGAGAAUGGCGAAGUUUUGGACAACCUUCCCGAGAUUCGAGAGCGGUUGUAUCGGUUACAGAGACGGGGUAUUGAUCCUUCCUAUAUCUAUCCGCACAACUGGGAGGAGGGUGACCUGGUGCUCUUCAAUAACCAUGGAGUCAUGCAUUCUAUUGUUGGAUCGUUCAAAGAUGAUGAGGUGCGGGUAUUCAGGCAAUGUAAUAUGGCCGCUAGCCGGCCUCCAAUGGGACCCUUGACGGUUUAG